AUGUACACUCCUGUCCCAAAGUGGACGAUGCUGAAAGGCCUUGGCAUCACCGCGGCUCAGCAGGUGCCGUUGUCGAGCAAGUCGAGCAGAUUGAUCCUGGCAGAGGAGCUCCUCAUGCCACUGUUGGGGCUGAGCCCAACAACGACAGCAACCGCAAGCACCGCAGGAUUUAGCAUUUCAAGCCUGGUGGCUUUCGUGCAAGCUGGAGGCAGGUAUGUCAAUGUACGGAGCAGCAGCCACCGGAAGUUGCGGGAGAUGACCUUGGUGCUUGAAGAGGCAGGAGUGGCCCUGUCGGAUCUCUUCGUAAGUUUGCACAUCGAUUCAGCUGACUUGAGCUACACUGGUACGAUCCUCGCAGUGGAGCGGAUCUUGCAUUCCUUGCGCUUGUCGAAGUUGGAUCUGGUCCUCGUCGGCCAUGUCGACCUCGGAGAGGCUGGCGGGGUCGGUGUCGCUCCCUGUGCCGUCAGCGAAGAGGCCCGGGAGCUCUGCCUCGCAGGAAGUUUGGCGGCCGUGGAAGAUCUGCGGCUGCGCGGCCAAGUCGUCGCUUCGCCGGGUGCCUUUGAUUGGCCGUUGGAUCAGAUGCAGAGACUCUUGCCACUGCUCCCUAAGCCGGCUGCGAUGCACCUGACCUUUGACAGCUUCGCAGGCAGCCAUAUACCCUCUUUGAAGCUGUGUCUGAUGAGGGGAGUGCCAGUCAUUUUCAGCGGCUUUGUGGAGCAGCCGGGCCGACUGGUUUUCCCGAUGCUCCUCAGCGAAAAGAACUCCAAGGCUGCACGGCAAGGUUUCGCGCAGCGGCUGGCCGUCCUUGCGACUGCCGAGUGGCUGAGAAGUAAGGGUGUGGCGGUGCUGGUGCCAGGCAACUUCAACUCCGCACAGCUGGUCGAUAUGAUUCGGACAGUGGCGGACGGCGUGUCCGAACAGAAAGUCUUUCUGGACGAGGCUUUGCAACAGCACCUCGACCUGAACUUCUGGCCCGGAGAUCUUCCGAGGAUGUAUACUAUACAUUUCCAGCCUGGAGCAACUUGUACUGCAAAUCUGGAGGUAAUGAGCGCCAGGGAAUGUGGCCUCGCCAUGCAAGAGCUGGAUAAGCCGGGCGAUGUGGUUACUUCUGGGGCUGUGGCCCGCGGGUGCACCUUGUAUUUUCAUGAUAGAUGCUCAGCCCUGGAGUGCGCAGAGGCACAAUUCCGAGCUGAGGGCCCAGCUGCAAGCGAUGCUCGAACAGAGCGAUCAGUGCCAGUAUGCCAACUCGACGCAGAUGAACCUCCAGAGCAGGGGAGAACCCUGUUUCUGUCUAUGUGCAUGGGUACCGAAUACUUUGACAAGUUUUGCGCACCCUUUCUUGGGUCUUAUCGGAUGGUGUAUGGAGGCUUUCCCAGUGGGUGGCAUAGCAUGAGAGUGUGGACGAUCGAUGUGGACGCCUCCCAUCUAAACCGUGCAAAAGCUUUGUUUGCCGGCGUGCAUUUUGAAGAAAGUAGCUUCGAAGUGCUUUACCGACGCUUUGCGGGUUCGGGCUUGGAAGUCUUCCUGAGGGAGGAGGACCAAGACAAGACUGACGACAGCAGGACAGGCUGCUUUGAGUGCCAACUCGGUUCGACAGAGUUCUGUGAUUGCGAUCCUCGUGUACGCGACGAGAAGGUCAUGUUCAACAAUAUCUUUUUUCUUGAAUGGGUUCUGUCGCAGGUCAAGCAAACGGAGGGCCUGGGAUUCCGGUAUGUUGUCGUCAUCGAUUCGGACAUGCUGUUUGUGCAGCAGCUAGCCAGAUUUCUCCCCCGGGAGCCUGCAGCUGAGUGGGAGUAUGCUUUCACAUUUUACGACCGGCAGCACCGAGUUCCUUGGGGAAGCAAUGAGGAAGUUGCCAAGACAAGGAAUGCACAUGUGCGCAUCAACUCCGGCGUCCAGAUCUUCAGAUACACAGAUGGCGCCAAAGCCUUUCUAAACACCCUCCUGAGGGCUACACUUGCUGCGGUGGAUGCCGGACACGUACAUUCCGAGCGGGACUUCCCGAAAGAAGUCCUUCGUGAAUUCAAAGCUCCAGGUCAGGCUGCAAUUGCCUGGAUUGUUGGCCUGCAGAAUUUGUUGUUCGAGGACUGCUUAGUUUGUUGGCCCGAAAUCAUAUCUGUUGAGAUCGAGGUGUCACAACAUGAGAAGCUGGCAAUGAAGAUACAGGGCCUGCCCGCUCGAUUUCUGAAUCAGGCCGAGUCAGUUGGAGAGGGUAGUCUGGGACCUGACACACAUAUGGUCCAUCUGAAGGGUCUCUGGUGGCGACUACUGCUACUAAAUGGCACUGCUCAUUCCACUGCAACUCGAUGCCUGGGCUGGAACUCUGGUGCAUAUCAGCUCUGGGCGACUCUCUACCUGGCAUGGCAGCCACAGCAUGUUGUAAGUGCCCACGUGCGUCGGGGCCGGGGAGACUUCUGCCCAGACCCCUCCGACUGGAUGCUCGGCCAGUAG